CGGCGCCAGGACCUCGCCAACCGCUCGCUGCGAGUCGAGGCCGCUGCCUGCGUCGUCCAGCAAAGGGACCCGAAAAGCAACGGCAUCUGCUCCGAGCCCAUCGUGAUCCCGGAAGCAUGUCCGCACCGCUUCUGAACGAAUACACUCUGGCUUUUGCGCUGCGAGAAGCCUUUGCGACUCUGACAGGGGGGCUGAGGCUCCCUCCUUCGGAGAUAUCCCGCGGGUUUGCGGUCCUCCUCGUCGUGCUUCAAUUUGCGGCUGCACUCGCCCCCUAUAUCGUGUGGGCCAUAUUCAAUGCGGCGCUAUCCAACAAAACAACAGCUCUGUACGGCUUCAUGGGAACCAUUGCGGCUCUGCUCGCUGCUGUCGCUCUCGCCGAUCGAUACUUCCUCCACGCCCGCCGGGCUCGAUAUGCAACCGUUGGGAUCUUGGACGAUGCCAGCAUCGCUCCCUCUGAAAUCGAGGAUCGAGACUCGGGAUCGCUCUCCUAUCUGAUCUUCCAGUUUAUCUUUCAGACAAAGGCUCAACACUGGGUGUUUGCAAUGCUGCGGAUUGCUCUCUCUGCUCUCUUUCUCGGGCUGUGGGUCUGGUCCUCCACUUUGUCCUCCCGGUCGCAAGUUGUCGCCGGUCUUGAAUGGAUUCCAGUGUUGAUGGCGCAGUGGUCGCUGACGAGUGGGCCUCCGCCGGAACCCAACAUCUUCUUCCCCGAGGAUCCGAAUGGCAUCGAUCGGUUCACGCGUCCGUUUCAUGUCUGCGUCGCGAUCGUCUGGGGAUAUCUUGAACAAGUGUAUGCAGUUUACACCUACUCGGAUGUCUUCUUCCUGGCGCUGCCGUUGUUCUGGAGUACCGGCGUCCUUCCGUCGCUGCGACUCUCUCUGUGUCUCCUCGCCGAAAAGGCCGGCAUACUGAUUCUUGGAGAGGAGCCUCUCAUCGGGGGUGCUGCCAGAUUACUGGCUCUACGAUCGCUCGGCUACCUGCUAUUGGGCGCUGUUCUGGCCCUGUACCUCUGCACAUCCAGCCUCGGCGCCGUGGUGAUCGUUGCUCAAGCAUCGGCGUGUAUCCUUUCAUCGACGGUGAUCAACCAGAUGAUGCCGUUUGGACUGUCGAUUCCGCGUCCUGGCCGGACUCUGGCAAGAGGACUGGCUCAUAUGGCCUUUCGACUCGCCCUCUCUUGCAGCCUCGUCUAUGUACAAUCUCAGUCAGUCGUUUCAACCCAUCAGUGGACAGCCUAUGCUGUUUAUGUCCUCUUCGGCUCCAUGGUUGUCUGCUCCCGUCUUGUGCGGCCGUACUUAUUCAGCGUCGUGCGGAAUCCAGUUCCGCCCCAGACACACAGGAUUCUAUCGGCCGGCUUCAUGCUGCUCCAUCUGGUUGCUCCUUAUUUCGUCGCUCUGGACCUGGCGCCGUCGAAUCUGCCGAAUGUGUUUUCGGCCAUUUUCCUGGCACGAGCGUUUCGGAGAUCCUGGCAAGAAGUUUUGCCGUUGCUCUGUGAGCUCUCUGUUGUUCGUAUCGCCGAAGCUGCCGGGGGGAGUGUCCUUUCGACCUUCAACUCGCUGGAUAUUGGUUUGCGACUCCUGAUAUCGUAUUUAGUUGUCGCUACCGUCCUGGGAAUCAAAGAUCGGCUUGGGUUUGCCACGAUGACCGUCUUCUACUUUCUGACGGACAAGAAGCAGCGACGCCGUGGGUGGCCAUUCUAUUUGGCGUACCUAGUUGUGUUGGCGCCGUUGAUACUGGCGCUGGUCGCACUAUCGGCAGCGCUUGAGAUGCCGCUUCUCUCGUUCCUGGGGCUGCCCGUGUUUUGGGUUGGCUAUCCUCGUACACAGUCGCAGUGGCCGUGGGAAGGAACGGAGGCAAUGGACGGACACUCGCGGGAUGCGCCGCUCUAUGUCGAUCUCGCACCAUCGCUUCUAGCACACCCCGUGAUCCGAAUGUCUCUGCUUUCGAUGCGCCCCGGAAGCACUCUUGUCGCCAAGCUGGACUCGCGGAUCGUUUUUAUCAGGAUUUGCGAGCUGUGGUUUGAUGGCGUCGUGGUGCUCGUCCGAGGUCUUGAAUUGGUUCCCACCAGCUGCCAUACCGUCGAGGCUGCCGGAAUGGAGUCUGUUUUCGAGUCUGCAUCCUCCGGCUCAGCAAUCAACCGCAACUUUCUUCAUACCAUGCAGCCGCUCUCGUCGGUGAAGAUACCCACAUAUUCAGACUCCAGGACCGUCGCCACCGGAAUAUUGGACAAUCCGGAGAACCUUCGCCUGCUCCCAGCAACCAUAUACAAGACGCUUGUCUGGAUCAUCCACCGAAACUUUUGCCAAGAGGAUCUUGCGGCGUGGCAGGACUUUCCGUUGAGCAAAGAGACUGUGCAGUCCGCUUGGCGCAGGUUUCCCGUCAAGUGGUACGAUUUUCUUCGCUCCGAGAGCUCCGCCUCCAGUCUCCAGGAGCUGAGGCACAUGGACGAGUCGAUGAUGGUUGUGGCAGCAGCAUGCUACUCCUUUAUAGUCCAUCCAGGCAGCCCCGACUAUCUCACUCAGUUCGCCCUCUAUGAAUCGUUUCUGGGCCAGUUUCAGGAGCUCCACUUCAACCCGUGGCUCUUGGAAGAUGACCAGAGGCCGCUGCUGCAAACCUGCAUACGUGCCUACCGAUGUGCCGUUAUGCUCAUAUACGAACAGUCCGUCCUUGGCGUGAUCGACGAUUUCAGGGAGCUCUCUGCGCGUUUGGCAGUGUACGAGCUGGACUACCACAUCGGAGUAGAGCCUCCGAGUGAAUACCAAGUGGACGCCGAGCCUCUCUUUGCCGAGUGGCAGCACCAGAUCCAGUCCAAGCAGAGGGCCAUUUUUGCGUUCUCUGGUAUCAAGGACGAGCAGAUACUCAUCAGAAUUAUGAAUUACGGAGUGCAAUCUGUAGACCUCGGGCACUUGAAUCCUGAGGCCAUCAAGGGCAUCUGGGCUAAUCUGAUUCUCGAGCUCCUCUACCUUACCAAUGACGAUGAAGAGCGGUACAGCAUCCAAGCGCACAAGCAACUCUUGCGGAAUCUGACAAUACAGGCGGCCAAUCCUCCGCUGGGCUAUCCAAU